AUGUCUUCGGUUGAAGACCUUGUGGAUGAUCCAUCCAAAAUCCCUGCAACGAGGCUUGCCAGUGUGCGAAUGCCAACACACAACGAAGGGGCGGAUGGUGCGCCGUCACAUUUGAGCCUUGCAUUCAACGCGAUGAACGAAAUUCAAUCACAAGACCCGCGUAAUGGACACAUCGGUCAGUGGAUUGUCAACGAACUCUAA